CUAGAACUAAAAUACAUCUAGAUACAUCUCCUUUUAUUCAUUCUGAUGACAAGUAUUUUCUUUAUUCAUUCUGAUGACAAGUAUUUUCGGACGGAGUAUUUCCGGACGGAGGGAGUACUUCGGUUCGAUAUUAUCACAUUACUAAAUUGACGGCAGUUUGUCUUAGUCACAACCAAAUCAUUCAACUGCUCGCCUAACCGUUUAGUUGGACGGAUGGAUCUACCAGCGACUUGCUGAGGAUCUUUUCUUCUAGGUUGGUGGUUGAUCUAAGUAUCCCUGAUAAUAUUGGUUGCCUGAUGCAUGUAGAUUAGCACAUGACGCGCCUGCAGUACCUCUAUAUGUGAGUGACAUUCAUAUCCCAGUAGACAUGGCUUCAACGAUGGGUUUGAACAAAGCUCUGCGUUGGCUGCCACGUUCCUCUGCCAGUCCCCGUCUGGAGGAAGACGAAGACAACAACGAGAGGAACGGGCUGCUGAGGAGCCACCGGGAUCAGAACCGGGUGGUGCCCGUGACGGGUCUCCAUGUUGACGAGCAACCCGAGGCAGGUGCGCAUGUGGAGCCCAAGACCGUGGCCCUGAAGGUGUCGAUGCACUGCCAUGGCUGUGCGAGGAAGGUCGAGAAGCAGAUCUCCAAGCUCCACGGAGUUGUGUCCAUCAGAAUAGAGCUGGGGAUGAAGACGGUGACCGUGGUUGGCAACGUGACUCCCAUGCAAGUCCUGGAGACCGUCUCCAAGGUGAUCAAGUACGCGCACAUUCUGCCGCUGCCCUAGCGAUGCUGUUUCCCGGUCCACCGUGUGGUGAUAGCACUUCUCUUUGAUGAAAACGAUGAGCGCUAUCCCUCUUUUUUCUCCUUCUUUUAGCGCUCAAUCUGUAUCCUGAAAACAGAAAAUCAUAUGUAGAUUGUCAUUUCAGGAGCCACCCGUGUCCUGGGCUCCUGGCAACUCGAUCGUCUCAUCAAUCUGAAAUAUGUUGUUUGUGGUGGAAUCAGCCCACCAUCAGGGUCUA